GUUGGCUUCCGAUUGGUUGCCGUUUACCUCAUGGUUAAUUUCUAAAACUUGCAAAAAAUAAUACCUAGUAUACAAUAGUUUGGAAAGCAAAAGGGAUCCAUAGUCAGGUACUUGGAAGGAAGUAAAGUUAAUAUAUUUGGCAGUGACCCUGUAGAUGGACACUUAAUAGUAAUAGUAAAAGUAAAGUAGUAAUUACAGUAGGGAUAAUUUGAGUACAGUAUAUGAUUAUUUUCUUUGGAAAAAUCUAAGCACUCAAGCUUUUUCACAGUUUGCGUCGACACGUCGGAGAGUAGGUUGCUUAAGUUACUGUUUGUAAUCCAUAGCAGUGACUGUAAUACUGUAUCGUUUUGUAAUAAUACAGUAGUAAAUGUUUGAUUAUUUUUGAUUUUAUUUUUUAACGAUUUGGUUUUACAUCAAUAAUACGUAAACAAGAUGAAGUUAUUUUGCCACUUUAGUGAAGAUAAGUUACGAGAAAAAUUGGUCAGUUUGGUCCAAAUGCGUGCCUCGACGGCGUCUGUUGAAGAGUUGUACAAGUUCAUCGUACAUCAUAAACAAAAAACCAAGCUAAUCAUUGAUACUUGGGCGAGUGAAUUAUACAAAGCAAAACCAUACCACAAAUUGUACUUCAUGGUGUUGGCAAAUAAAAUAAUUCAAGAAGCAGAAAAGAGCGCACCGGAACUGGUACUUGCGUACAAAAAAUGUCUUCUGAUGGUAUUUUUCCAUUUGAAAAACUCACGAGAAGAUGACUACUUGAGAAACGGCAUAACUGUGAUAUUAAAAAAUUGGUCGGAGUUGGGAAUUUGUAGCGAUUUGGUAGAAGCGGCCAAAGUUGUUUUUAAUGAUCUACAUAUCAGUGGACAUUAAACCUUUUUUUAAACGUGAUUUUACAAUUAUAUAAUUUUAUAAAUAUUCAAUCGACAACUUUAUCCAAUUCCGAAAGAUUAUUUUGUGAUAAUUAUCGUUUUAAAAAUCAAAUAACCAUUCUGUAAUGUAUGUUUUUUUUUUAA